GACGUUUUACGGCAGGUUUCUUCAGUACUCUCUUCUUAACGAGCAUUGCUAGGACGAUAAUAUUAUGUCUCACAGCGUCAGAUAAUCACCAUUGAAGUGAGGUCCCGCUAUAAAUCCAGUAUUUUUAUUCACACAUCCGCAGUUUGGACAAAAAUGACCGAUUUGACAGAUUCUCUGGUGAAAGAGGGCUGGUACCUCAGUGAUGAAGGCAUCGCAGAGCUGAAAGGAUCUGCAGAGAAUGUAACACAUGCUGACAUUAUUCGUAUUGCACUUAAUAGUGAUCUUAGGCCUCUUGGGAGAAAAUUUCUACCGUCUGAUAUCAACAGUGGAAAGACUGAGAAGUUGGAGGGUCCAUGUGUCCUCCAGGUGCAGAAGGUGAGAAACAUUUCGGCUCCGAAAGACCACGAGGAGUCCCAGGGUGCACCGCGGAUGCUGCGCCUGCAGAUGACAGAUGGCCACACCACCUGUGUCGGCUUAGAGGUUAAACAUCUGUCCAAAAUCAGUCUUAACACGCCUCCUGGAACAAAAGUGAAACUGUUUGGUACGAUCCAGGUGAGAAAUGGGUUUUUGCUCCUGGAUGACUCAAACAUCAGCGUCCUCGGAGGUGAAGUCGAUCACAUGGUAGAAAAGUGGGCUCUGCAGAGGAGUCUGGCCAAACACAGCAGGAGUAACAUUGGAGCAGAAGGUGGACCUCCACCUUUUCUGCCAUUUGGUCAGAGGUGCGCGAGGCUGGAUGAUGUAGACAGCCGAGAACUGGACCAGAGGAAAACCCUUCAGACUCAACACGCUGUGAAGAACCCCGAAGGGAACGACGAGUUUGAAAAGCAGCGAACAGCAGCGAUCGCUGAAGUGGCCAAAACCAAGGAAGCCCCGCGCACAUUUGGUGGCGGAGGAAACGCGGGCAGUAAUUUAUCCAGCGCCGCUUCCUUUUCUCGAAGCAGAGACUCAUACCAGCAUCGCAGACGAGAAGACAGGCCUGAAAGAACAGAAAGCAGACAAGAUGGAAACUACCGAGAGCUGGUGGAUGAACGUGCUCUGAGAGACAUCAUGGAGAUGGGCUUUAACAGGGAGGCUGCUCGACAAGCUCUGAUGGAUAAUAAUAACAACCUUGAAGUGGCGCUAAACAGCCUACUGACAGGAUCUUCUGGCAGCAGACCUGGCUCGGCGUUAGCUGAAUCUAACAAGCCACAACCUAGAGCCAGAGGAAGAGGAAGAGGCAGGUUCAGAAACGAGGACGAUGAGGAUGGAGCAGGAGGACGACCAUCUGGACCAAGCACUCUGUUCGACUUCCUUGAGUCCAAGAUGGGAGUUUUCUCCAUUGAUGAGCCAAAGAACCAACCACCACAGAGGCAGCACGAGAACAAAGGAAAUGUCUUUAACUCAAACUAUCACACAAAAGACGCGUCUCAGGCCAAGUUCUCACAUAAUGACCACAGGCAACAAAGAACUGACAGACCACCUCGCUUUCACAAGGACACUGAUUUCCCCAAACCUGGCCAGGAGCCAGCCUCUAACUGUACAAGCUCCCUGACGCCUGUUCAUACCCAGCAGUGGAAGAGCCAAGAGAAAUGGCCCCGAGGCACAUCGGACCGAGUGCAAAACGACCGGAGAGAAACGAGRGACGAGCAGAUCAAUGCCUCUACCUUAAUGACUCCUCUCACACAUCCAAAAGAACCUCAGCAGCAGGUUGAAUUUAGUGGAUCUUACCAACAGAGGUCCCGGAAUGGAACUAUUGGUGGAAAUAUGUCUGGUCUGUCUCACAGGAGGGGGCCAAAAGAUAACGCACCUGCACCUAAACUGAGUAAUUCUACAGAAAGUGAAGCAGACGGAAGAGGACCGUACAAACGUACGGACAGAAACGGAGACGCCAGCAACGGCAGGAGAAAGGGGAAGACCGAGCGGCCCAGCUCGGAUCCCUUCGAUAGACAAAAGGACGGUGGGCCGUCAAACUUUAACCAGAGAGGAGGAAGCUCGGGGACUUCACAAGAUGUGGGAUUAUCGCAGGGCUCUCGGAUUACGCCGGGGGACCCUUCUCAUUUCCAAAACGGAGAGGUGGAAUUUAAAAGGACAGGUCCAAUCAAGCCUGCAAACUUCUCCGCUCCGCCAUACCGAGAGCAGCAACCCAAGAAGAACAACCCUAACAACCCKGGGUAUAAAAAACGGCCAGGGCAAAGCAAAGGUCCGGGCCCUCGAGGACCAGAGAAAGGUCAUUUCUGUGAACACGUCUGGAAACCUGGAGACCAGUGCCUGGCUCUGUACUGGGAGGACAACAAGUUCUACCAUGCCAGAAUAGAUGCUGUGCACCCAUCUGGCUCUACAGCUGUGGUUGUUUUCAGCGAUUAUGGAAACUGGGAAGAGGUUCUCCUGCAUAACAUCAAACCUGUUCCCGCUGAUAUGAUGGAGGAAGAUGAUGGCUACUAUGACAGUUCACUAGAGUUCCGSCGCGGUGGUGACGGACAGCCCAGACGAGCCAGACCCACUCAGCAGUAUUACCAGCCGCCCAGGGCGCGUGAUUGAUGGGUCUGUGUUUACACUGGCAGCAGUGUGCUUGUCCCUCAUCUCUACACUUUCUGCAACAAUCCAGAGUGCUUCCUGAGCUUUUAAGCGUCCACAUCAUCAGGACAUUACAGAACUCCUCAAAGGGCUCCAAGGGACAUGAUGCAAAAAAAAAAAAAAAAACUGACACAAGCUUCUGUUUAUUUUUGUCAAGACCAUAUCUACUGUAUAUGUUUUGAAGAUUUGUUAAAUGGGUGCAUAAAAAUAAACAACUAAUUAACUGUAUUUAGGAGGUUUGUUGGAAUAUUUCAGACUUGAGUGAUGAAAUAAACUAAUUGCAGGGCAGAAAUGA